GAGCAGAUUACUUUAAUGGAUUUUCAACAAUUCAAGAAGAUUGAGAUUCCGGAAAUACUUAGAUGGGGUAAGAAGCAGUCUGAGAAAUUAAAUCCAAACUUAACAGCUUUCACUGAGCAUUUUAAUAAUAUUUCCUACUGGAUUCGUACAUGUAUUUUGUUAGAAGAGAGACAGCAAGAUCGUGAGAAAAUAAUGGGCACAUGUAUUAAAAUAUUGAAGUGUUUGCGCCGCAUGAAUAACUUCAAUUCGUACUUGGCAAUUUUGUCAGCCCUUGAUUGUGCUUCUGUACGGCGUCUCGAUUGGCAGAAACAAUUUACAACCGCCAUUGAAGAAUUAUCUAGUCUUAUUGAUAAUACCAUGUCUUUUAAAAUUUACCGAACGGCAUUGGCCGAGGCUAAGCCUCCUUGCAUACCGUAUCUGGGUCUUAUACUCCAGGAUGUAACAUUCACUAUACUUGGAAAUCCAGAUAAAUUGCCAGAUGGUAGCAUCAAUUUUCAAGGAAGGUGGAAAUUGUACACAAUUGUCAAAGAUAUUGAAAAUUUUCAAAAUUGGUAUUAA